UGCGCGCGUGUUUCGUCCCGACGGUCCGUCAUCGCAAAAUUUGUCGCGAACGGAGUAAACAAAAUCUAUAAAAUAAUAUAUUAUUUAUAAUUAAUAUUUACAAUAAUCUAUCAUAAUAUAACUUUCAAACUAUCGAACUUUCGCCGACGAUGAAAUGUGAACGAUUUGCCACCGCCGCAACGGUUUUUUUUUUUUUAAAUAUAUGUUUGCGCUCGUUUUGAUUUAGUUGGCAUGCAAAAUUCGAUGUGCGACUGCGGUGACUUCACUGAUUAUCGCCAAAAAGGAGCACCGGCGGCAUCUGUGGACGAAAUAUAACGACGRCGACACGUGACCGACGGACAAGAUGAGUUUGUUCAACACGUCGUACCUGAUGGGCAACGACACGACGGGAGGUUGGGGUCCCAGGUACUUUUUCACGUUCUACUCGGAGUUCGGCGACGAGCAAGCCGAAUCGGCCGUCGAGGUGACCGUGUUCAUGGUGAUAUUCACCGCGUCCGUCAUGGCCAAUGUGUCCAUCGCCUGGGCUGUGCUCAGAUACCGGGAGAUGCGCACCGUCACCAACUGCUUCCUGCUCAAYCUCACCGUGGCCGACUUGAUGUUUGCUGUCACCACGCCGGCGCUCGCCUACGUCCGUGUCCGGCCCGACUGGCCGUUCGGAGAUUUCGUAUGCCGACUGUUGCCCUACUCGCAGUUUGUGUGUGGUUUUGUGCUACUAUGGACGCUGACACUGAUCAGCAUGGACCGGCACCGGUGCAUCGUCGUACCACCAUACCGGUCACAGCUGACACCACGCCGUGCCACCGUGCUUACUGUGCUCACGUGGCUGAUCGCGCUGACGGUGUUCAUGCCAGUGCCAUUCUGGUUCCACGAGCAGGCCGUGAUGGGCGACACCGCAGUCAACGUAUGUACACUGGUGUUCCCCAAGAACGACACGUUCAAAAUGUCCAUCGUGUUCACCGUGUCCGUAGUUUCGCUUUCCUGCAUCCUACCACUGUCACUGUUCGUCUACCACUACCAGAGGAUAUUCCACAAGUUAAACAAAACCCGACGGCGAAUCGAGCACUCCGUCUCACAUCGGUCCACCGCCGUCCACACUACGUCACGGAACAGUCUGUCACCCCCCGCAAAUGGUUCCAUACCACAGGUGUUUGGGCGACACGAGGAGAUCCGGUACAGGAAACACGUGCGUGUGGUGCGUGUGCUGCUGAUCAACGUGAUCGUGGUGCUAGUGAUGUGGCUGCCGAUAACUGUUGUAAUGUGUCUGAUCUACGUAGACGGCAGCCGGGACACGGAGGACACRGGCUACUUCCUGCGGUCGCACCACUUCAUCAUGGGCCUGCUGUUCGCGCUGCUCAACACGGUCGUCAACCCGAUUCUGUAUGGCGUGCUGUCCGAGAACUUCCGCAAGUGUUUCGCCCGGCUGUGGUUCAUAUCGAAGCGCCGUCGGGCCAUGCACAGGGAACUGCUGGACAACGCCAGCAAGGGUGCCCGGACCCCCAGCAACGGCCACUAUAACUCGACACUGCAGCCAGGCAGUUCGGCGUCCGUGGUCGAGCUGCCGGCCACCGCGGUCGCGUCGUCAUCCGCCACCAACGAGUGUUGGUGAGAUGCCGACGUUCAACCAUCCCAUCCCCUGUCCGUGAAGUCAACAGAACGGAACAGAACUGCAGUCACAUAAAAUGUCAUUAUUAUUAUUUUUUAUUAUUUAUUAGAGCCGCAACAACUAAGGUUAUUGGCAUAUUAUUAUUAUUAUUAUUAUUAUUAUGUUAGUAAAUUAUAAUUUCGUAGGUAGGUAAGUACCGACUCUGUUAAAUAUGACGACUUAUAACAUACCAUCCCUUAUUCUUUGUAGGUUUAAAAACGAUGUGAGAUAAAAACAUACCUAGGUUACCUAUAUUAUGUAACUGUAUUAUUAGCGCAAAUAAUGUAUAAAUCAACGAACUCUUCCAGUACAACUACAGGCUAUAAGUAGRUACAUGUACAUAUUAAUUAUUAUUACACCACUUUACCUCCAACCUCUAACUGACUCAUCCCAGUAGUUCAGUGCAUACCUGUAUUAKAUAUAUAUAUAWAURUGUAUGUGGAUUAGGCCAAGUUUAGGCAUUGAUGGUGCCUAACCUGACCCGGUCACUUAUGAAGUAUUAUGAAUUAUAGCACAAUAUGCUGAUAAUAUUUCGUUCCCGAUAAACUGCAGCCCCGAGUGGAAAACCACUCCCCCCCAUCCCGCUCUGGAAGCACGCCAUGACAUCGGAUGAUCUCACUAUAAUAAUUUAAUGUUAUGACAAUAUUAUUACAAUGUAAAUAUUAUUAUAUAAAUACCUURUAGACUUACGUUAUAUACACCUAUUACCUAUACAGUAUAAUACCUACAUGUUUUAUAAUACCUACUAAUAUAGUGCCUAUAGGUAGGUACACAAUAACAAUAUUAUACUAGUUAUUACUUAUUAGUAAGUAUACCUGUAUACCUACGACCUUAUUCCGUAAUUGUCAUACGUUUAUCGAUUUCUGUUAUUAUUACUAUUGUCCUAUGACCUAUUGAUAUUAUUU